AUGAUGAAUUCUGGUGGCAAGAAGCAACAUUUGGAAGAAAAUGACUCAACGAAUACUGGAUUAGGUGAAGAGGGACUUCAUGGGGAUGAAGAUUCAGAAGACGAAGACAGUGAUGAUGGAGACCUCACACAGGAAGAUAUCCUCGAAAGAAAAAGAAAAAGACACACCUUCCCGAAAAAACAAACUGAAUCAAGGCAUCAAAACACUGCUAUUGGAAAGGUGGCUCAGGCGCAUCUGGUACCAAAAGCGGCAACUCCUUUGGCCAGGGCGAUUCAUGAUUUUGCAAGGAUGUUAUUGGGGAUCCCUCGGAAGGCCAAGAAUUCGCUGGUUGUCGAUGACGAUGCUGCACCUUCGCUACCGGACCCUCCAACGGAUGAAGAACCUCAUAAUUGGGAGUCUCGUAAUCAAGUUGGGGAAACAUUAAUCAGGAAUGCUCAAGAGAAGGCAAUGAGGAAAUACCUUUCAAAAAAGCCUCCCAAUUUCAAACCAAAUCAAAAGCAAAGGAAGAUGGUGGAGAAGGAUGCCGCUGAAGCAGAGGUCCUUCGGCGCUGGGUUGGCAAUAAAGGUCCUAAAUUUAAAGAACAAAUUCGUCAUGAGGAUAUGAAGAAAACUGCUGAUGGGAAAAAGAAUCUACAAGAGAGUGUAAACGUGAAGCAGGGAAGAAUAAGACAGAGGCGGAAUAAGGAAAAGCUUUACAAGGCACGCUUAAGCGCAGCUCGCAAGCUCUUUGGCAAAGACUCAAACGAGGUUGUGAUGCUAUCACAUCCCGAAAUCCAUUUGGACGACGAACUGGCCAACGUGAAUGAUUUUGGAAGCCGUCAAAGACUACGACUUGAAUGGAGAAGCGCCGAGUUAGACACAUUAAUCUCCUUACUUGAUCAAUUCCACAUGAAACGACAGACCCUGCCAAAAACGAAAAGAGCAGCAAAAGCUCUAGUGGAGCGCGGUGCAUAUGCUCCUGAACCAGAUCCCGACCAAUGCCCAUCAAAAGGUUUUCAGGAGUCUUUGGUGUCCCCUGCGUGGCUAGACUCUCAGGCGGGCCUACUCAUUGAAGAAUUGAACUUAGAUGAAGAAGAUCAUUUCGAUAUAAAAGGAGUGAUUAAAGACACUUUAGAGGCGUUCAGGGCUCGUGCAAGCGUGGGAGGUCAAUCAAGUAGUGGAAGCGCCAUGAUGUCUUGA